CGAAGGGGGGGGGGACUCACCAUCUCAAGACCAAUGAUGCCACCACCAAUGACGACCAUCCUCUUGGGCACUUCUUGGAGUGCAAUUGCGCCGGUGCUCGUGAUGACCUUCUUCUCGUCGAUCUCGAGGCCGGGGAACGGCGUCGUCUCGCUACCAGUAGCGAUGACGAUGUUCUUACCCCGGAUCUCGGUUUCACCGCCGUCCAAAAGAUUGACCUUGACCGUGUGCUCAUCCUUGAAGGAUCCGGUGCCCUUGAUGUAGUCGACCUUGUUUUUCUUGAACAGAAACUCCACACCCUUCGUCAGACCGGAGACGGACUCGUCCUUGGCCUUCAUCAUUUGCGUCAGGUUGAGCUUGACAUCUCCAACAUCAAUGCCACGCUUUUUCGUGUCGUGUAGGAUUUGGUGGUACAGAUGUGAGUUGUUGAGGAGCGAUUUGGAGGGAAUGCAGCCGACAUUCAGACAUGUGCCACCUAGCGAACCUCUCUUUUCGAUGCAAGCAGUCUACACACACGUUAGUCUCUGCCUUGUAUGUCCGGUGUUUGUAGUCCUUUCAUGCUCUGACCUUCAGACCCUCUUGUCCAGCUUUUAUCGCACCGACGUAGCCAGCCACGCCGCCGCCAAUGAACACCACAUCGUAGUCCGAAGCUUCAGAUGCGUAUCCUCUCCUCCGCUGUUGAUUCUGGGACACUAUCUGGAAGCUGGGAGCUGUUCGGAGGUUUGCUGGGCCAAACUGCGGAGCUUUUGAUGAGAGCAGCGAUCGACUCGCCCUUGGCACUAGAGUCUUGAGCAUGUUGAGGUGGACGAUCAAGGACGACAAAAGGUACUGCUAGGGAAGAAAGGGAAUAAUGCGACAAAGGCGUCGCAAGGUAACGGGAUAAGUCACCAGAGAUGUUUGUUGAAGGGAGGUAAAAUGAUCUGAGAAAUGAUGCGGAGCGGAUCGAUUUGGAUGGCGAAGCUCUUCAAACAAUCGCCGCAUCUCGUUCGGGGAGACUUGGGCCAAGCCCGGACCAGUCUCGAAUUGCUGCCCAUUGAUUUGGCCAGCGACGCCCAUAAACAGCCGCGAAUAGCCACCACUGGCCCCUAUAAACUCCCAGCUAGGCACCAAUCGUCACCACCUACGGAAGAUGAGAAACUCGCCCAGAUUUCCUUCGGUGUUCUCGCACUCCCGACAUAUCCGAAUGUCUAGUACACACGAGGCUGCCAUCGAGACCAAUCUCCACGAGUACAAUCACACAUCGUUAGAAAACACACGAAAUGUUCCAAAAGGCCAAUCUACGGUUCUCCCCGUGAUGUCCCCCGCUCCAAGGUCCGUAGGCGUCUAUCAUAGCACCACCGUCGUAAAGGAUUUAAGUAUCAGACUCAGCCUUCAUUUGCUAUUAUCAACAAUCUCGCAACGACGACAAUUGAGCAAAUUACAAUGAAAGCACACAGGUAGGAGCCUCUUCGCCUCUAUAGCUGCUCUUUACGGCUUCAAUGAUCUUGGGUUUCGAAGCGCCUUCGUAUGGUUCACCUGGAAGACAUUUCUAAUCCUCAAUGCGCCACCGAGCUCGAUCGGUAAAUUACAGAUUGACCGAACGGAAUGCAUUUGAUUUGGCUGCCCUAUUGGUGAAAUGUAUGGCCAUAUCGUAGGUCGCUCCAACAACAUACUGUCUCCGGUGAGGGAAUACUCGAGGAUCGCUGAUCAGAUGAGGCACUCCAAGUACCUACCGUCUUUCAGGCCCAAUACAAUCCUUCCCAGACUUCCAGAGGAGCUUUUCGGGAGCUCAGUUGUGACGAAUAUGACCAUGGCAAUGAUGCUCAUGACAGACGGGCCAAACUACAAUAUUUGAGACUGUAAGACAGAUCUCGUCUCUUGUUCACACAUAUUUCUGUGAUCGCAGGCUCGAAGCCACGCCCGUCUGUCGUAUUGCCUUCCUCUCGGGACAUAUGCCUGAUUACUGAUCAUUCCAGAGGCCCAAGAGAUCGCCUGCCAUUUCAUUCUUUCAAGGAUACAAACAGUCGCACAAUCACCGAGCUCGACGGUCGAAAUAUGGAGCAAUGAAAGAAAGUGUUGGCAAAGACCGCUGCAGGAUUCGCCGUCAACUUUGAGACUUGAAUCUUCGCAGCGUGCGCCUCACGCCGGCUAUAAUACCAUCCCUCUUUUAAUGUCUAAGGCUGCCUGAAUCUAUUUAAUUUACGAUCACAGUCGGGACCAUUCCAAAGGGGUUUUUUGGUUACAAGCCGAGUGUACCAUGAAACAAGACCUCCGAGUCUCGAAACGGGCAACGAUAUCGACAUGGAAAUCGAUUGAACAGCAUCAUCACCAUGAGUCAGUGUCUCAAGGCCACCAAGCUCUCUGAAAAUAUAUAAAGUCUCGUUGGCACGGCUCACAAAGAUGGCGGGGCCAUUCCACAAGUACUUGCCACUGCUUCCACCACCAGGUAACUUUCAAUUCAGCAUCCCCAGGAUUUUGCUUGCCCUGUCGAACUUCCAAGACCAAGUGGUUCUUCUAUGUUAUCGAAAGUCAGCAGUGACCGACAUACUAUAAGAUGAGUUCAACGACGAAAAGCGAAGCCCAGGUCCAAGAGAUCCUGGAGGGGUAUGCCAAAGCGAUGCGACACAUGCCGCGCUCUCCCAUCAUGCACGACCCGUCCGAAGUCGGUCUCGAAUACGAAGACGUCUUUUUCCCUUCCUACGACGGGGUCCCUCUCGAAGGGUGGUUCAUCCCGUGCCCAACCUCGGACAAACUCAUCAUCGCCAACCACCCCAUGACUUUUUCCAGGGCCGGCAUGCCUUCGCACAUUGAACCCUGGAGGUCCAUCUUCGGCGCCACGGGGAACAACGUCGAAGUGAACUUUGUUCCCGACUACAAGGUUCUUCACGACGCCGGUUACAACGUGCUGGCCUACGACCUGCGCAAUUUCGGUCACAGCGGACCCGCAAACUCCGGCGCGGCGAGUGCCGGGAGGUACGAAGCUCGCGACGUGGUCGGAUCGAUCAUCUACGCCCGCGGUCGACCGGACACCAAAAACAUGACCGUGGGACUUUUCAGCCGUUGUCUGGGUUGCACCUCUACCCUGUGGGCCAUGCACAAAUUCCCUCAGUUCUUCAAGGACGGCAACGUUCGUUGUCUGGUGGGACCCCAACCCAUCUCUCCACAGACAAUCAUGGAACGCAACUUCGAACGUGAUGGGAUCCCCAUGGAGAAGAUGACCGAGUUGGAUCAAUUGGUACGGUUGCAGACAGGGUUUGGUCUGUUCGAGCUGGGUCCCAGGAUCCCUUCCAAGAGCGUCCAUACACCCACCUUCAUCUAUCAAGUCAAGGAUGACCUGAUGACCAAACCGAUCGACGUGCAGACGGUGUACGACAAUAUCCCAACCAAAGAGAAAAAACUCUUCUGGAUCGAAGGCACCACCCGAAGGUGGGACGGGUACAACUAUUUCCAGAACCAUCCGGAGCAAAUGCUCGAGUGGUUCGAAAGGUACAUGAAGUGAGGCAUUCGAAUGUAUAUACCCUCCUCUCUCCAACUCCUCUUGACCUAUUCUACUUUAAUUUCUUUGUUUUCCUUGCUUCUCAGUAACUGGCGGGUGUGUAGUGACCCUCCCAUCUAUCAUACCGGUGAUACUGCCGCUCUGCUACCGAGCACAGCCUCACGUCCCCGUGGCAGCGUGAUGAGUUAUACUCGUCGAGGACCCCAGCUAUUCCGGUCCAGCCGGGUCCGUCAUCGUCUUCAAAAGCCCGCACGAUGAGUCUGCCCAAAUCGCAAGAGUCCGUGACGGCGGUAUUUGCCCCGGCACCUUUGAAAGGGAUCAUGGUGUGAGCCGCGUCGCCCAUAUACGUCACUCUCCCUCCCUUUGGCAGUGUCUCCGGUGGGACGUACUCGACGAACUUGAUGCAAGGCAUGUUCAUCCCUCCCGGACCUGUUUUAUGGAUGAUGCUGGUCAACCACGCUGGCAUGUCGCGCGUCAGCUCGACACAUUUGUCGUACAAGGUCUGGCGAUCGGCCUCGGCUGCCCAGUU